GUCUGAAGCAUUCAUUGGUACUGAAACUUUUAACAAUUCAGAAAUUCAGCUUUCUCAAAUUGAGACUGAAAAUUAUCAAGUCAAAGUUGUUCCUGAAGUUGUGUAUAUUGAAGAUUCACAAAAUGAAAAUAAAGGUUCUCAAGUGAUGGUACCGAUUCCUGAUAUUGAAGUACAUGUAGUUGAGAAUAUUAUAGAUUCUCAGAUGCAAGAAGCUGUGAUGGAUACGACAGGUGAUUCUUUGGGUUCAAAGCAGAAUAAAAAAAUAGAGAAUGAAGGUGGGAGUCAAGUACAGGAAGUUUUAAAUGUAGAUGAUUCUGAAAUGUUUCCUGCAUUGGCUGAUGUUCCUGUUGCUACAUCUAUCCCUGUCUCUGAUACAGCUACUAAGUCAAAGCAAAAAGUCUCAAAAACUCAAGAGGCUAAAAAAAAGAAAUCAAAUACUUCAAGUAGUGCUAAAAAACCAAGAAAGGAAAUAUUGUAUUGUUCUGUGCCUGGUCAUUCUGAAGAAGAGGCUCUUGCAGUUUUGAGAGAAAAGAUGAAAGAAUUUCCUGAUGGUGAGGAUGCUCAUAAACCUUCUGAUAAUAGUGCUGAAAAUUCUUAUAGUAGUGGUUCUAGCUCAAAUGCUUCUGGUCUUUUAAGCUGUAGUAUUGACUGUGGUGAAAAUGGUGGUUAUACAUUACAGCUGACAUCAGAAUCUUUAAGGCCUAAGAACAACAGGAAAAAAAUAUAUGCAAUGAAGGAGUUGAGGCUUAAAGUUGCUGAUUAUUGCUUUGUGGAAAAUUAUUCUGGAGUUAAAUCAACGGAGGUUAUAGUCACUUAUUCUGAUAUAUAUCAAUUGCCUCGUGAAGAAUUUCAAACAUUGAUCCCAGGACAAUUUAUAUCAUGUCGUGUUAUGGACUGUUUCUAUAUUCUUUUAAAUUGGGAGGAGGUUUUGGCAGGAUUUAAAUAUAAUAGAGUUUUUUUUUGGAAGUGAACAUAUGGUAAGUAUGAAGGAAUUUUAUUCUAAUAAUUUAAUAGAAAUUAUAGUAUCUCAUCCUCUUAUUUUUGGUUUUUUGUUGUAUGUAGUGGCCUGUAUUGUAGUGUGUUAUGGCUGGAGAUGGUUGUAUUUAUGAGAGAGAUGUAUAUGGUUCAUGGGAUGAAUGGUUUUUGAAUGUUAGAUGUACUAAUUUCUUGACUGCUAUGAUGGUAUAAUACUAAUCUUUACCAAUAAUUUCUGGUAUUUAAAGUAAAUGAAUUUAGUAUGACAAGUUGGUAUAACAACGUAUCUUUUAUUUCUGUUUUGCAGGUUUUUAUGCCAAUUUGGUUUGAGAACCAUUUUGCUGUUGCUGUGGUGAAUUUUAUGGAUCAAACGAUUGAUUAUUUGGACAACAGAAAGUAUUCAAUCUAUGAUGAGGUUUUAAAGAAAAAUACAACAAAGUUCGAUGGAUUGCAUACUGUGUAUAACAGUAUAACAUAUCGUUUGGUAAGGUUUUUUUAUAGUAUUUGUUUAGAUUAUAUUUUUUUUUUAGAGUUUGGUUUAUUUGUUUCUGGUUUAGGAGAUUCUUAUGUUUUUAUAAAGAGUGUUUGUUAGUCUGUUACUUUGUCCCAAUACAGUUUCACCUGACAGUUAUUAGGUGAUUACUUUGGGGGUUACUUAGGGGGUUAUUAAGGGGUUAUAUUGUCAUAAAUACUCUUUCAUCUAACAAUUAUUAUGAGGUUACUUUGCUGGUCACAUAGGAGGUUACUUUGUGACUUAGGAAUUACUUAAUCUUGGGGUUAUUUAGGGGAUUACUUUGUCACUUAGGAGUUACUUAAGUGAGUGGGAUUACUUAAGGGGUUACUUUGUCAAAUUUAUUGUUACAUUUGACAGUGUUAGGGGAUUACUUCAUAACUUAUACUCUUACAAAAGAUAGGAUUAGGGGGGUUACUUAGGGGAGUGGGAUUACUUAAGGGGUUACUUUGUCAAAUUUAUUGUUACAUUUGACAGUGUUAUGGGAUUACUUCAUUACUUAUACUCUUACACAAGAUAGGAUUAGGGGGGUUACUUAGGGGGUUACUUUGUACCAAUAAGUCAUAGAUGAUAAUUUAUUUUGACAAAUAUUUAAUAUUUGAUACAAAUAUUAUUAUUUCAGAUAUCAAACUUAUUUAUUACAAACUUAAUGUUAAUUUAAAAACUUAUACAUUAAUACUGUUCUCUGCUUCAGUAGGAAGCCUUUCAAUUCCUUCAGCAUUAAAAAUUCUAAUGUAAAAAUUUACAUCUUUGUCAAAAUAAAUAUCCAGCCUUUCUCCAUUAACAAUGUUGUUGGAGAUUACAAAGUUUGUCCAUUGUUCAUCAAUAAAACAACCACCACAACUUCUGGUAUCUUCUGGUACGCUAAUCACUCUUACUUCCCAAAAUCUGGGAUUAUUUCCACGGUGAAUUUUAGCUGGAUAGUUGAAUUUUAAAAGAAAGUGUUUCCAUUCUGCAGGAAGUGGCUGAAAUAAAAAAAAAAUAAAAAAAGAAAGGAUUAACUUUUUACUAAAAUAGAAAAUAAAUGUAUAAAUAUAAAACUGAAUGCAAAAUGUAUUUACCAGACUAUUGCGACAAAUGUUCUGUAUUUAACAGAACAUUUUUCCAUAUUUGCAUAAAAAUCACUCAUUGUCUUCAAUAUUGAAUAGAAGUAGAAAAAUAUAAGGUAAUGAUAUGAAACUCAACCUUAUAUAUAACAAUAUAGGUUG